GUGCGCAGAAUACGCAAGAGGCGUAGAAUAGCAGAACGGAGAACAGCGUGAAUUAUUUUCGGGUGUCUCCCUCGUUGCGUACAAAUCCAACGCCCUCCCAUCUCUCUCUCUCUCUCUCUCUGAUCUCGGGUGUUGGAAGGCUCCUGCGAUCCUCUACAAUCGAUGGCAUCGCAGGAUAAAGGUCGCCCGUUGCCAAAAUUUGGUGAGUGGGACGUGAAUGACCCUGCCUCAGCUGAAGGAUUUACAGUCAUAUUCAACAAGGCCAGAGAUGACAAGAGGACUAGUGACACUGCUGGCACAAUUGCAUCACCACAAAGAAAUGAUAAUGCCUGCAAACAAACUGAGACAUAUCAACGUCCUCCGAAGAGAAGGUGGUUUUGUUGUGGGUGAACCCAUGAUGCCUUUAAAGGAUUGGGUUUGUGCAAUUUGCUCAAGGGGGUGGUGGUUAGUGUGGGGAAUCCAUUGUUGAGGCCCAGUAUCUUUGCGCCGUGCAUACUGAUCGAGCAAAGAAUGGCUUGAGAGCAUGUGUAUUAUUUUCUCAGCCAGAUUUUCGUAUCUUUAAAUUGGCUUAUCUUCAACAGUUUGUUUUCCCUUGCGUUUCCCUUUUAUGGUUGUACCUAGAAUAUAGGAGAGAGAUGAGAUUAGAGUUGUGUGUGUGGUUGCCAGUUCUGUUCUUGUUGGUUAUGAACAGAAAUAUCUGUUAAAUACCAAGUGAGUGAAUUGCCAGUA